AUGGACCUUUCAGAUUUUCCAGCUCAUAUGGCGACAGAUGGACGAACUGAUGCGGCAGGCAAUCCGUUUUUCCAUUGUCCCCUUGCAGAACAAAAAGUUGCAAAUCACAAGGAGAAGUAUUUUUUACGAGAAAAUUUCACAGAAAUUUAUGAUUUGAUGCGGUCAAAAUUGAACUACACUCAUGAUCCUUAUCUAUUUUUCGAUACUCUAACUUGCAUGAAAGAACACAAUUUGAAGUUACCAGAGUGGUGCAGCAAUGAAUCUUUUUAUCAAACGCUAAAAUUCAUAAGCUGGAAUGGUGUUAAUGCACAGUUUGGCAUGGGACCUUAUGACGAUGAAAUGCAAAGAAAGCUAAGAGGUGGAAGCGCUUUGCGUGGUGUAGUAAGCCGAAUAGCUUGUAAGACAAAUUAUUCAGGAUGGACACCACAUGAUAUGACACUUGCGGCAAUACUGUCAACAUUUAGUGAUAUUCAUGCUAUUCUGGGUGAAGUGCCUCUGAUUGACUACGGAGCGAACAUUGCUUUCGAACUUUGGACAACAGACAAGACAACGUAUAAGCUGAAAGUGUUCUAUGCCAACAGUUGGAAGGAAGAACCAUUUGACGUAACGCGAUUUGCACCUGGUUGUGAGAACUCAGUUGAAUUUUGUAACGUCAGUGAUUUUAUUGACCAUUCAAGAUUGUUGUUUUUCGACAAUAUUCAAGAAGAAUGUUCGAAAGGCGUUACAUCCCAAACUCCACAUAUUGUGAGACGAUCGAUUGGAGCUGACAUUACAGAAGAAGUUGAUCUCAUCGAACUUUACUAA